CCUACUCUUUCUUUCGGGAGCCCUGAGUCAUCUCUACCCCCUCACCGGGCUCCCCCUUUGCCCGUGUGCAGGCGCGCUGGUGCUGGGGCCCUUGGUGGGGGGAAUCACUCGCGGCACACCCACCUCCCGUGGCCCCUUCCUCAGCUUGGUGCCUCUGACUCUCAGCCAAGGACUUCCUGUAGGCCCGGGGUCAGGGGCCCAGAGUGCCUGGACGGUGGCCACCGCCCCGGUGCAGCUGGGGGAGGCGCUUCCUUUUCCUGAACUCCGGGAGCCUGCAGGAGGAAGCGCGGAAGUUGGGUGGGGGCACAGCUCGCUGGUAGGCCUGAGCAGGUCUGGGGCCUGCGUUAGGCAGCAGCUGGAGGUGCAAGGGCCCAGCAUGAGGAGCUUGGCAGCAAGGAGGCCGGGUGUGGGCCCUGGGCCAGGCCCUCAGCAUGGAGUCCAUGUUUGAGGACGACAUCAGCAUCCUGAGCCAGGAGGCCCUGGGGCCCAGCGAGGUGUGGCUGGACGGGCCCGGAGACCCCGCGCUGGGAGGGGACAUGUGCUCCGCCUCCCACUUUGCCCUCAUCACAGCCUAUGGGGACAUCAAAGAGCGGCUAGGAGGCCUGGAGAGGGAAAACGCCACCCUGCGCCGCCGCCUCAAAGUCUAUGAGAUCAAGUACCCGCUGAUCAGUGACUUUGGCGAGGAGCAUGGCUUCUCUCUCUAUGAAAUCAAGGAUGGCUCCCUGCUGGAGGUGGAGAAGGUCAGUCUGCAGCAGCGGUUCAACCAGUUCCAGCAGGAGUUGCAGAAGAACAAGGAGCAGGAAGAGCAGCUCGGGGAGAUGAUCCAGGCUUAUGAGAAACUCUGCGUGGAGAAGAGCGACUUGGAAACGGAGCUGGGGGAGAUGCGGGCUCUGGUGGAGACGCACCUGCGGCAGAUCUGUGACUUGGAGCAGCAGCUGAGGCAGCAACAGGGCCUUCGAGACACCGCCUUCCCCAGCCUGAGUCCCCCGGCUGCUCCUGCCCCACCAUGUGCUGACCUGGACCUGCACUACCUGGCGCUGAGAGGGGGAUCUGCCUUGAAUCACGCAGGCUGGCCAGGCCCUACGCCGCCGAGUGUGAGUGAGCUGGAGCGGCGGCGCCUGGAAGAGGCUCUGGAGGCGGCUCAGGGAGAGGCCCGGGGGGCCCAGCUGCGCGAGGAACAGCUACAGGCCGAGUGUGAGAGGCUGCAGGGGGAGCUGAGGCAGCUGCAGGAGAGCCGAGCCCAGGAUCUGGCCUCUAACCAAUCGGAGCGGGACAUGGCAUGGGUGAAGAGAGUCGGGGAUGAUCAGGUGAACUUGGCAUUAGCCUACACAGAGCUGACCGAGGAGUUGGGCCGGCUUCGGGAGCUGAGUUCCCUGCAGGGGCGGAUCUUGAGAACCCUGCUACAGGAGCAGACCCGCAGCUGCGGCCAGAGACACUCACCGCUAUCGCAGCGUCACUCCCCGGCCCCCCAGUGCCCCUCGCCGUCCCCGCCUGCCCGAGCAGCGCCCCCAUGCCAGUCGCCCGUCCCGCAGCGCCGCUCGCCCGUGCCCCCGUGCCCCUCACCCCAGCAGCGCCGCUCGCCCGCCUCGCCCUCGUGCCCGUCGCCCGUCCCGCAGCGCCGCUCGCCCGUGCCGCCGCCCUGCCAGUGCCCCAGCCCGCAGCGGCGCUCCCCGGCGCCCUCCAGCUGCCCGGCACCGCAGCCCCGGCCGCCGCCACCACCGCCGCCGCCCGCGGACAGGACGCUGGCCGAGCGCGCCUACGCCAAGCCGCCCAGCCACCACGUGAAGGCCGGCUUCCAGGGCCGCCGCAGCUACUCGGAGCUGGCGGAGGGCGCGGCCUACGCGGGCGCCUCCCCGGCCUGGCUGCAGGCCGAGGCAGCCACGCUGCCCAAGCCGCGCACCUACGGCGGCGAGCUCUACAGCCCCGCGGCGCGGCCGCUCAGCCCACGGCGCGCCUUCGAGGGCAUCCGGCUACGCUUCGAGAAGCAGCCGUCGGAGGAGGAGGAGUGGGCCGUGCCCGCCAGCCCGCCCAGCCCCGAGGCCGGCACCAUCCGCUGCGCCUCCUUCUGCGCGGGCUUCCCCAUCCCUGAGUCGCCCGCAGCCACCUAUGCUCACGCUGAGCACGCGCAGUCCUGGCCGUCCAUCAACCUGCUGAUGGAGACGGUGGGCUCCGACAUCCGCAGCUGCCCCCUCUGCCAGCUGGGUUUCCCUGUGGGGUACCCAGAUGACGCCCUCAUCAAACACAUUGAUUCCCACCUGGAGAACAGCAAGAUCUAGGGCACCUCCCCCUCUGGCUGUCUCUCUACCCUCUGCCCUCGCCCCCCAGCCCAAACUCUCUCACUCACUUUGAAUGCUGCAUGACUCUGGUGGGGGGCGCCUGCUCCUCGCGACCCCCCAGAUACCUCCACUAGCUCCUGAGUCAAUGUGUGUGCCAUCUUCCCCGGCCCAGGCACCACUCAACUCUGGCUCUUCCAGGAGGUCCACUAAGCGCCCCCUCCCUGCCAACCUUCCUGGCUUCCACUGGAGGGGGGGGGGCUUCAGGCUGGGGUGGGGAGGGGUAGACCUCUCCCAGGCCUCUCCCUCUGCCUUUCUGUUCUUAAACAGGGUUGAAGUUAAGAAUGUGUCUAGUGCUUGGGAUGGGGGAGGGGGAGAAUGUCAGAGGAAUCCAGGAGCCCUCCCCCAACCCCUCCCCUGACAUCUGUCUGUCCCAGUCUGUGCUCCGUCUGGGGCACAUGUCCCCAUGGGAUUCAGAGCCUGCCCUGCACAGUAAUGCUGGCUUCUCCACCCGAAGCCCACCCAGGCUGGUGGCACCAGCUACCAUGGGACAUGCAGGCAGCUUCCUCCAUGGCCACUCCCUGCAGGCCAGCCAGGUUCUCCCACACUCUGGCUGCUUUAGGGUUUAGGGAGGGUGAGAAGGGAGGGGCAGGGGCCUCCCCUGUGGCCCCAGCCUGUGCCCGCCUCCUGGAGCCCUGGCACAUAACACAGGUUGUCAAGGCAGACCCCCCCCCCCCCCCCCCGCCACAAAGCCCCCCAGCCUUGCCCCCACCCAAGCCGCUGAUACCACAGGUGCCCUAGAGCCCGCGUGUGACGCAUGGACAGGCGUCGUCGGCCCCUGUCUCCCAGGCCAGGACUUAGGAAGGGGCCCAGGGUGCCCGGGAGAUCUACUUCAAAAGAGCUAACCCCCUUCCCAUGCCCCCCAACCCACAUUCCCUCCGUGAAAUCUACCUCAGAAGGAUGGGGAGCAGGCGGCUGGGGUGGGAGCCUCCUGGGCGAGAGCCUGCCGCCCCAAGUGAGCCCACCCCCAACCCCGCCCCACCAGCCGCUCGCUAGCAGCUUGCAGCCCUGGGCGGGUGGCCGCAGACGCUGCUGUCCACGCUAGUGCCCUUCCGAUCCAGCUCUUCCAGGCCCUUCCUCACCUCCUCCUUCCUCAGUGCUGGGAAGGGAGAGGUCGUGUCCAGUGGGGAAGGGGCCCAAGACUCCAGAGACGAAUGGCAUUGUGCCCUGAGUGCUCCCCAGGCUGGGGACAUGGGGAAGGGGGCCUGGAGAGGGAUGGGGCUCAUGUGCUCGCGGAACAAGUUGGAAGUCCAAAUAAACUUACCUGCUCCAUCUG